UCUCUGAUCCUUGGGGGUGCUUGGUUAGGAUAAUUGAAAAUAAACAAAAACAUCUUCAAACUUUUAUGUAAGACUCUUACCUUCACCUGUUAGACUGAAUUGAUAGGCGCACAUGUCUUAAACCACAAUGUAUAAUGUGGGAUGUAUUAUUCGUUUUUGGGAUAUUUCAAAAGACGAGUUCAGAGGAAACCCCUGCCAUCAGAUGGCACGCUCUUUGAAAUGCGGUUUUCCGCAAUAAGCCACUGUGUGUAAUGCUGUGUAAUUUUAUCCACGCUGCACUCUCUUGAUUCACACAAGGCUGAUACCUUGCCUCCCCCUUUCCUUUGUAUCAAUUGGUCGGAGUUCAGGCUAUUGUCACUGGAAGGUUCUUUUAUAUCUGUGGACGCUGUCGAUCAGCGAAAUCUCACGAUAGGCUCCUUGUAGGAUCCAGAAGUUUUUGCAGUCCUCUGUAGAGAGAGCAAAGGUGACGACAACGCCAGGACGAGACCACACUGUUGUCAACGCGCCGGCUCUAAUCGAUGACCACGGCUUCACCAAAUCACUUCAGAUAAAGAGACUGCAGAGGAGCACUUCUACUUGCCAAUGUUUCGUGGGCAGGAUCGUUGCGUUUUGCCGACACGACAGCAAAGGCAAACGCCAACUCUUUAAUGGGACCCCGGAUGCCAUUUCUAUCCAUUCUUGCCAGAAUCUUACGAUAUACAGUCAUGCCACAAUGGUUAUAAUUCAGCUCCUGUUGUUGCUGAGUUUCUUGGACCAAAGCAAGCAGGAUUAUCUGUCUCCGAGGCUUGCUAGGACUUCAGGGGCGCCUUGUGCCAUUGGCCAGGCGUGUGACCCAAGGCAGCGGAGAGAUGCUGGGGGACGCGGUGGAGUCUACGAGCACCUCGGAGGAGCACCAAGAUGCAGAAAACUUUACUGUGCAACUAAAUAUCAUUUGCAAAUACAUCCAAGCGGGAAAAUAGACGGUUCUCUUGAGGAAAACAACCAGUUAAGCAUCAUGGAGAUCACAGCAGUUGAUGUUGGAGUGGUAGCGAUAAAGGGGAUAUUUUCCGGGAGAUAUCUGGCCAUGAAUGAUAAAGGACGUCUAUACGCCUCGGAUGUGUUCAACCAGGAGUGUGAGUUCCUGGAGCGGAUUCAUGAGCUGGGCUACAACACCUAUGCUUCAAGACACCACUCCACCCUGCAGCCCCCUGCAGGGGGUGGCAGUGGCAAACGACGAGCCACUGCCAAGAGGCAGUGGUAUGUGUCCAUCAAUGGGAAAGGCCGGCCAAGGAGGGGCUUUAAGACGCGCAGCACUGACAAAGCCUCCCUUUUCCUGCCUCGAGUGCUAGGCAAUAAGGACCAUGAGAUGGUGCGAAAGCUCCGUGACAGCCAGAGGCACCCAGCUGGACAGCAGAGUCCCCCUAUGGGCCGGGCUGAGCACCGGAGACGGAGACACCGGGCCAGGGGAAGAAAGGGUAGAACCAAGAGGCCUAGUGACUGACUGACACUAGCCACUGCCCGAGAGCAGUAGGCCCUAUUUAUCCGCUAAGGAACACCAGUUCACAGCACAUGAAACUGACCAAAAAUGAACUUACUGAAAUAUCGGCCUUAGAUACUUGGAUCAGCCAGCGGCAGCACAACUAUACUUUGUUGUGCAAGCUCCCUCCAAAAUCCUUGCCUGGGAUACAUGCAACUCAAACCAUCCCCUACAACUAUUGCAAUACCAACACAAGAUUUGCCUGGGAAUUCGAGUUAGGCACAUAUAUCUGAAGUUAGAGCUACCAAUACACAAGUAUGAAAGGAUGAUAGGUUUGGUGUUUGUUUUGUACAUACACUUGUGAAUGCAACUAAAGUCAAUACAGCUGGAUAUCUUCCAACUGUUGUAUUACCUGGAAAGAGUUGUUUUUGUGUUCUUGUGGAACUUUUUAAAGAUACAUAUGUGUACAGUUAUUUUUUUAAUAUCAGUUUCAUUUAUCAGCGGCUUUAAUGUGGGAAAAUGAGUGCGUGUAAGAACUGGACAUCAUUCAAGUGCUUACAGAUACCAAGGAGGUGGUAUGGUCCAUCGUUCAAGUUCUUACAGAUACCAAGGAGGUGGUGUGCUCCAUCAUUCUAGUGCUUACAGAUACCAAGGAGGUGGUAUGCUCCAUCAUUCUAGUGCUUACAGAUACCAAGGAGGUGGUAUGCUCCAUCAUUCUAGUGCUUACAGAUACCAAGGAAGUGGUAUGCUCCAUCAUUCUAGUGCUUACAGAUACCAAGGAGGUGGUAUGCUCCAUCAUUCUAGUGCUUAAGAUACCAAGGAGGUGGUAUGCUCCAUCAUUCUAGUGCUUACAGAUACCAAGGAGGUGGUAUGCUCCAUCAUUCUAGUGCUUACAGAUACCAAGGAGGUGGUAUGCUCCAUCAUUCUAGUGCUUACAGAUACCAAGGAGGUGGUAUGCUCCAUCAUUCUAGUGCUUACAGAUACCAAGGAGGUGGUAUGCUCCAUCAUUCUAGUGCUUACAGAUACCAAGGAGGUGGUAUGCUCCAUCAUUCUAGUGCUUACAGAUACCAAGGAGGUGGUAUGCUC